AUGGAGGAAGAGCUCUGGAGCUCGCAAAGGGAUGUCAUCGCCAAGGUUUUUGUGCUCCUGCCGCUCGAAGACAUCAUCCGCAUUCGAUCCGUGUGUAAGUCUUGGCACUCGCUCGUCGGAUCGGGCGAGUUUCUCGAGCUCUGGAAGCGCAAAUCCGCCAGGCGGUCGCAGCCGCCGUGGAUUUGCGUCCGGGCGUGGCGAGAAUCCCUGCAGCAGCAACGAGCGCCGCCGAAAUCCGAGGUUUGGAGUCCCGUCGGAGGCCCCAGAGUAGCGUUCCCCUUCACGUUUCGUCCGCCAGGAACAUCGCAGCUCCAGAUUAUGGCGUCCUCGCGUGGCCUGGUGUGCGGCCAGGGAUUCAAUGGGGCGCUCUACGUGGGAAAUCCUUUGAAGGGUCUGUGGCACCAGCUGCCAUUGCCACCUACAAGCAUUGGCAGCCACCAGGCGACCAUGGCCGUGGCCGCCACUGGGAAUUCGUACAAGGUCGGUUUCUUUGGAGCAUUGCCAUUUCUCAUCUAUGAUUCCAGACUGGAAACUUGGGUGACCGACGCUAGCUACUACAGGCCAGGGACUUGCAUUACCAGGGAUCUCCGAGGCUCGCUCUACAUGAGCAAUCUUCCCGGCAGCGUUAUAUGCUACGAUAUGAGCUCGAGAUCAUGGUCGGAGGUGGAAGUUUGUGGCUUCCCGGAUAAAAGCCAUCAAAGGCUGGAUAUCAUGGUUUGCAGCUCCAUGAUCAAUCACAGGGGGAGACACAUCCAAGUUUCGGCAUUGCUGAGUGACGACAAGAAGCUCUGGUACGAGAUAUGGGAGCUUGUACCUGGGAAUCAGUCGUUACCCAGGGGCUGUAAAAUGGCCUGGAGGAUCUUAUCUACGAGCCUGACACUGAAUGAGAUUACGCUGGAGGGAAGCUUUAUCUUCGUCCAGGCAGGAGACAUGCUGGUGGUGUACCCCCGGCUGCUGCGAGGUUCUCACUCAGUUUCGGAAGAGUGGCGCUCCAAUUUUCCUCCAGCAGUGGCUUUCAACGUUGAGCUGAGCUCCUGGCACGUCUUAGAAGAAUCGUUUGAGGGGAUUUUUGUGCCGAGCUUAACGACACAGCCUUGA